AUGAUAAGUUCAGAUUCUAAUCCUCAUGAUGAACAGGCACUGCAUAAUCUGGUUAUUACUCAAACUGAACUUAAUUCAAGAGAAGUGCAGUACAAUACAAUGUUGAAACAAAAAUCCAGAAUAAAGUGGGUAAUGGAAGGAUCUUCAAAUUCUAAUUUAUUUCAUUCAAAUAUUAAGAUUAGGCAAACAACAAAUGCCAUUUGUGAACUGGAGGAAGAAAAUGGAAAUUUGGUAUCUGAUCAAGCAAGAAUCAGUGACAUGUUAGUGAAUUUUUUUGAACAAAGAUUUAAAGCUCAAUAUGUGGUUGUUAAUGACUCUAUUCUUGAUGUCAUACCUAAAAUUAUUACUGAAUCAGAUCAAUUUAUGCUUGAAGUGACCCCUGAAGCAGAGGAUAUUAAAGCUGCGGUUUUUGGAAUGGAUGGAGAUAGUGCACCAGGGGCUGAUAGUUUCUCAGUUAUUCUCAAGUAUGGCUUUUCCAAGGAUUGGUGUCAGUGGUUGGAAGCUCUCUUAUCAUCUGCCAAAAUAUCUGUCAUGGUCAAUGGUGGGUCAAAUGGUUUCUUCUCAAUGCAAAAGGGACUCAAACAAGGGGAUCCUUUAUCUCCAAUUUUGUUUGUUCUAAUGGAGGAAGUACUAAGAAAAAAUCUGACAAGGUUGGUGGAAACAAACAAGAUUCAGCCAAUGGUAACAAGAAAUGGUAUUGCUCCUACCCAUUUGCUUUUUGCUGAUGACAUUUUCCUUUUUAGUAAUGGUUCAAAGAAGAGUAUUCUCAAUCUUUUACAAUUACUUGAUGAUUGCCAACUUUGUUCUGGUCAAAGCAUUAAUAAAGUAAAAAGCAAGUGUUUAAUUGAUGGUUGUUCUAAUGUCAGAAAAGCUCAGAUUGCAAACAUCUUACAAAUGGAUUUAACUUCAUUCUCAGAUAAAUAUCUGGGAGUCAUUAUCCAUCCAGAGAGAGUUAAAACUGCUACAUUAUGGCCAAUGGUUGAAAAGAUGCAAGAAUAUUUGGCAGUCUGA